GCAUACCAUGAUCCAUUUCCAAGAUUUUAAAUAGAGUAUAUAUAGUUUCAUGAUCUCACACACACAUAUAUAGCAUGCAUGCACAAUUCAACAUGACAUAAAAUGAUGCAUCUACAUCUACAUAUAGUGUAUAAUUCAAUCAUGUGAUUAAGGCAUAAUAGAAAGGCACAUUUAAACAAGAAAUGGGACCAAUCAUUACACAUGUUGAUGCAUACAUCAUCCAUUUAUAUCUAGCUACCUUCAUUUUCUUCUAAAAUGAGCUUUAAUUUUGCUUAUGUAAGCUGAAGCUCCCCUAUAAAUACCCCUCUCUGGAUGCAUUCCCAUCUUACCAUCUCAACAAUCACUCUUAAACAAACAACAGCAUAGCAAGAAAAGAAACACAAGUAAAUCAAGAAUGAUCCAAUCAGAAUUCCAAGAAUUGAACUACUUCUCCCCUGCAGAAAGCCUCCCUUCCUUCCCAGGCAGCUUUUGCCUGAAGCAAAGCAGCAGUGGAUUCUUGAGGAACCUGCAGGGCAACUACCCGAGCCCGAAUUCAACGAGCAACUCGACGUCUGAUGAGGCGGAUGAUCAGCAGGCGAUUGAUGAGCGGAAGCAGAGGAGGAUGAUAUCCAACAGAGAGUCGGCGAGGAGGUCGAGGAUGCGCAAGCAGAGGCACCUCGAUGAGCUGUGGUCUCAGGUCCUUCGUCUCAGGACGGAGAACCACAGCCUCAUCGAGAAGCUCAACCACGUCUCCGAGAGCCACGACAGGGUCGUGCAAGAGAAUGCUAAGCUCAAGGAAGAAGCCUCUGAUCUUAGGCAAAUGCUCACAGAUAUCCAAAUCAGCAACUCCUACGCCAUUUUCAGAGAUCUUGAUGACAUCCCAUGCAACACGGCUUAUCUCAGGGCCGAGUCCUCCUCCAACCACUCUGUUACCACUUCCUCAAACCUGCUCCACUGAGCAUGUAGAGAGAGACAAAGAGAGAGUGUGUGUGUCGACUGUUGAGUAGAUUGAUUGCUGCUGUUUACUUUCUUCUGCAUGCUGUUUAAAACUUGCUGCUAAUGGAUGUUGUUUUUGCUUA